UUCCACUUUUCAUUUCAAAUGUAACCGAUAAAUUUUUCCUGAAAAUUGUGAAUUCACUGUUUAGAAAUUAAUUAAAAAAAAAUGUUUGAUGAAACAAUUUUAUUCACUCACAUUCCAGAAUGUGAAAAUUUGUGUCGCUUUAUAUGCAAAUUAAAUGAUGUAAUAAUCAUUAAUGGAUCUCCAAUGUCAUUUUUUUGUUCUCAAAUCUACAACUGCAGAUUCAUUAUCGAUACAUUUCCUGAAAUUAUGGCUGCACCUAUGCCAGGAACAGAUAAUUAUAUUGAAAUAAUUAUUGAAAAUGAUUAUUUUCGAAUUAAGAAAUUGCAGAUUUUUCUAAAAAGUGAAAACUUAUUGUGUUCCGAUUCAAAGCCUGUAACUUUGGAAAAUUACAAAGAAUGUAUAAUGUACACGAUAAAAUGUAAAUUGUCACCUACUUGGAAUAAAAUGGGCCAGUAUCUUUGUCACGGAAAUGAUUAUUUAAUUGGCAAUGAAGAAAUUAAUGCAAUUAAAUUUGAUCUUAUUGUAACAAAACAAGGAAUGCAUAUAAAAUUUCAUUACUUGAAAAUACAAAUGUAUCCAUUAAAUCUUGAAGAUCUUCAGCUUAAUCCAUCGCUUAUGGCAGAAUUUAAAGAAAAUCCUAAGGGUUUUAUUGAACUUGGCCAAUCUUGGUUUAAUGUUUUGCCUAGUUUAUUUAAAGCGAGGCUUUUGUCCGUUUCAAAAGAAAUACCUUCGGGGAGUCCUUUUAAAAAUUAUCAAGAACUUCGAAUACAUUGGAAAAAUAUGCACGGAUACAUAUUGCCAGAAAAUGAUGAAGAAAUUUUAUAUUAUCAAGUUCACUUCAAAGCAUUUCCAGAUCAAGUUUUUCUAUAUCCUAAUGUAUGUCUAAAUUCUCAGCCUCCUAAGAUAAUUAAUUAUGAAAAUAAUUCUCUCAUAUGCAAUAAAUUCGAAGAAGAUUUGAGAAAAAAUAUUUAUUCAAUUUGUGGAAAAACACUUUCUUUCGUUAAAGAUAAUUCAGAAAAAUUCAUCGAUUUUAAAAUUCCUUCAACUUCAUAUUUUUCUCCUGCAAGAAAGAUAAAAAAAGAAUAUUCAAAUUCGAACAUUACUCCAUUCAAAAAAUGUUCAUCCAGUGAUUUGAAAAUUAUUCCACUUUCAUCAGUAUUUAAAAAUAUUGGAUAUUCGGAAAUUGGGAAUGAAAAACAAAUUUUAAAAUUGAAACAAGAAACGUUAAAUUUUCCGAAAAAAGUGAUCAUCCCUGAAAAUUUGUCUACAAAUUCUUCGCAAAAAUUGGAUUCAAUUGACAAUUUAUCAAAUGUUACAAAUAAACUUAGUCCACAGUUGUCGACAAAAAUUUUAUCACAAUACACACAAUCGCAGCCAAUUAGGAGAAAAUUAAUUUUCGAUCAAAAAAGCGAAGAUGAUAUCAGCCAAAAAAAUGAAACCUACAAUAAUAUUUUGAAUCAGACUAAUUAUCAAAAUUCGAUAAAAAGAAAAACGCCAAAGGAUAAGGAAUUGUUUGAUGCUUUACUUGAAGAAAAAGCGGAUAAUGAUAUUUUAAAAUCUAUUGUUCCAUCUCCGGCAAAAAGAAUUUGCAUUUCUAAACAAAAACGGAAUCCACCAAUUAUGGAAUCGAUUUCCAAAUAUUUUAAAGUACAAAAAUCAACUCUUCAUCGAUCAAUGCAAACUCAGGUAAAUUAUUUAAAUUCAAUAAAAGUACAAAGAAUUAUUUUUUUUUUAUUGAAAAUUUAUAUUAAAUAAUUUAAUUUUAUUAUAAAUAUAGUGAAUAUUAUUUUACCUUUUUUUUUAUUGAGA